AUUGCAAUUACCACAUAUUACCCAAAAACUUUACAAAAAUAAAAAUAUUGAAACUACAAAUAUAUUAGAUAUACUUGAAUCAGGUAACGAAGAAAAUGAUAGUUUAGAUAAUAGUUUUUAUAAUAGUCUUGAUGAUAAUUUUGAUGAUGGAUCAAGUGAUAGUUCUGAUAAUGAAUCAAAUAAUAAAUUAGAUAAUGAGUUAAAUGAUGAAAUAAAUAUUGAAUUGGAUAAUAAGUCAGAUAAUGAAUCAAAUGAUGAAUUAAAUAAUAAACUAGAAGAUGAAUUAAAUGAAGAAUUAAAAUAUCAUGAAAAUAAUUUUGAUAAUUUAAAAAAAAGAAGUUUUGAUUUAUCUAUGGAUGAUAUUUCAGAAAAUGAUGAUUAUUUAGAAGAUUAUUUUGCAAAAAAAAAAUAA